CACACCUCACUGUGACAAUAACUGUCCUAUCUGGCACGUCGUUGAUCCCAGCAUGAAAACUGCUGUUAUCACACCGAGACUGCUGCAGCUCUCCAACCCCAAACUGAACCACCCAGACUUCCAGAGCAACAGAGAGAGUAUUGCCUCCAUCGUUUCUUUUGCUUCCAAGACGGCUCGAAUCUCUCAGCGGCUGCUCCAGCUGUCACGGCCCAGACUGAAGCAGAGCAACAUCUGCCACGAGCUCGGACGCCCAGCGGAUCCAAUCUGGACUGUUUCAAAGGCAGCGAGGAAAGCCACAGUGAGCGCUCGUGUUGAAAUGCUGGCGACACCAAAACUUCUUUCCGAGGACUACAUCCCUCCACGAGAACCGGAGUGGAGCCGAAAAAACAACUUACUGUCCACCUGAGCUUCACUCAACAUCUUAACCAAGUCAGUGAUAAAGCUACUAAAGAGGUCUUAAAUAUAUUUAGGUCCUGAUUUCUUAAAGUGAUAAAGACAGUAAUGACAAUCAUUGUGGAAAUUUAACUUCUUUUGGUGCUUUAUGUACACCAGCGUUUCAUAUUAUUUUGAGCUAAAAAUGAUAAAGCUGUAAUGCAAUAAAAAAAAAAAAUUGACAAUGAGAGUCAAGUAAAGAUGAGAAAACACACCAGGAUUUAGUAACAUGAUCUAAAUGUCAGAAAAUGAACUAAAACACGUUAAUGUAAACUUUAUAAAACUAUUUUAACAAAUGACUACAUUUGUAGAUAACCAAGCGAGUAGUGCAUGUUUACACAACUUCAAAUGAUGUAUUAAAGCUACAAGGCCUUUGUAUCAUUCAUCAGAUUUACAAUUUCUGUAAAUAUUCUUAAGUGUUUACUUUUUCUCUUUUCUUAUUUGUGGAAUACAAUGUGACAGAUGUACACAUCCAUCCAUCCAUUAUUACUGGUAUAACAAGUAUUAUUACUGCAACUAUUUACUGCAACUAUUACUAAUGAUUAUUUUACUGUUAUUUUA